AUGCUCCGCUUGUUUGUCGUGGCUUUGGCGAUAUGCUUUGGUAGAGCCCUGGAAGAGCUGGAAGUGGACGAUGAGUGCGGCACCACUCGCUGCAGUCUGACAGCAUUGCAGCUACGCUCCCGGAAGCUUCAGGAUGAGCUUUACCAAGACUUGGAGGUCUCUGCCAACAGGUCUGAGAGCAAGGUCACCUUUAUCUUUACCUUUGGGGCUGUGGCUACCAGCAAGGAGCCUCUGGAGGAUCUUUCGCAGCCGUCGCGCAGCUUUACAGGGCUCCGGUGCUACACGGAGACGAUUGACAAUUCUUUGUUUCCGCGGCACACAGAUGCAGGCUCAGACCUGAACUUGCUCAUGCACCCGAAGGUGGCAACACUGGCCCUGCACUUGGGCAAAGACUCCGAGUUUUAUCCAGGAGAAGGACGGCCGGAUCUGCCAAGACAUGGCACAGAGGCCAUCCGCCUGCCGGAUGUCGACCUACACGACAUGAAGCACUAUUUCAUUCGUCUUCAAAACCUGCAUCUGGAUGGAGAAGAUGCUUCCCACCUGCCUCUGUUUGCCAGUGCCCACAAAUUUGCAAACCUUGCUUGGGGAGCAUAUGAAAAGCAGAAGCACUGGCAAACGAACCGCAUUGUUCGAAUGGAAGAUUUGAUUCUCCAGCAUCUCAAGGGCUGGCGGCUUGUGGCGCAGGAGCAGCAAGACACUCUACAGGCUGUUGACAACCUCUGGCUUGUACAAAGUGAGCAGACGAUGAACUGCAUGCUCGUCUUCGAGGGCACCCACUCUGCGCAGGAGUUUGAGGUCAAUCUUCGACCCAAUAUGGAGACAUAUUGUGGUUUUGAAAAAGUUCAUGGCGGCUAUGCUGACAAGCUCUUCUGGCUAAUGAAGUACAACAUGCCGAAGCUGAGGCCGAAGCUGGGGAAGUGCAAAAACGUGGCAUGCACCGGGCAUUCGCUUGGUGGAUCGCUUUGUGAGGUCUUUGCAGCUUGUGCAAAUUCAGGCAGAAAGGGCAACCUGCAUUUCGACUUGCAAGACUGGACCACAACCGAUACGGAACUAAUGCCCAUAGUCCGACAGAAACCUCUGUCAAGAGACAACCACUAA